AUGAGAAUAAAUCUUUUUGAAAGAUUAUCAAAGAAUUUCGGGGAAUAUCUAGCGGAAGGAGGUGGAUAUGACGUAAAAAUACACAUUGGGAAAUAUAAUGAUCAGAAAACAUUCGAAGUGCAUUCAAUGAUACUCACCGCAAGAUCUCCUUAUUUUCGAAGAAAAAUCGAUAACAUACCUAUGAAUUCUAGAAAAAGUGUUAUUGAAUUACACGAAUCGGAAAUUCCACAAGCUGCAGAUAUUACUCUUUUUCUUCUUUCGGAGGACUUUCUAGAUAUUCUUCUUUCCACUAACGAACCAUUACUAAGCGAUGAUCCGAGUUUGGUGGUUGAUUUCAUUCUCACCGCUGAUAAAUUAGAACUCAAUGAAUUGGUAAACUAUCUUCAGUAUAUCUUCAUAGAAGAUAGAACUGAAUGGUUAUACAAGAACAUUGACAAGGUUUAUGCACGAAUUUUCCACCACCCUUCAUUAAAAAUUUUCAAAAAUUUCUACAAGGACAUCAUCAGAAACAAUGUUGAGUUGAUGUUUCAGUCGGAUAAUUUUAUAAGCAUACCAUUGAGCGAUGUAAUUCUAAUUGUAUCCAGGGAUGAUCUGUUGGUGGAUGAAGUUAAGAUCUGGAAUCAGGUGGUCAAAUGGUGUGUCUCUCAAUUCCCGGAUCUCUUAAUAAACCCUGAACAUUGGACAUUUAAAGAGUGUGACGAUGUGAGGUCAAUGAUGAACAAUUUUAUUGAUUUAAUUAGAUGGAAAUACAUUUCCGGAAAUGGAUUCACCAAUCAUGUUAUACCAUAUGCAAAAAUCUUGCCAGUGAAGCUAUAUCAGGACCUUCAUACGAGUCUUAUUUCGCAAUGGAUCAAAGAUCAAAACGAGAAAUCCACUUGGCAAUGGUUCGCAUCAAAAAAAGAAGUAAACACUGAAAAAAAGACAAUCCAAUAUCGUUAUAAUCUUCUUAUCCGAGGAAGUCAAAAUGGCUUCAGCAAAUCUGAUUUCCUCAAAGCAUAUCUAUAUAAAGGACCGGCCAUUACACUCGUCCGACUCGAAGGGACAGAUUUAAUAAUCGGAGGUUAUAAUCCAACUCCAUGGACACCUUCCGAAAAACCCGAUCCUCGAACACGAAAGAGUUUUAUCUUUGCAUUUGAUAAUAUCCGCGGCAACCCGGUAGAAGUUAGAAGGAUCAGUAAGUUGGAAAAUUCCGGGACCUAUCCUAUAGUAUCUAUAACCGAUAAAGGUUUAAAAUUCGGUGAAGAUUUAUCUUUGACAUUUGACGACAUCCAAAAUGAAAUAAGACCUACCCUGAAUUAUCACAGUAUUGAAUACACUCUACUUGAAAAUGUUCAAAAGAAGUUGGAAAAUCCUAUGCAUGUAAAGGAUUACGAGGUCUUUUCGAUUCAUAAUAUUUCAGCUUCCGAUCAGUUCACAAUAUCGAAAC